AUGGGUUGGGUAGGUGCGGGUGUGCUUAUUGCAACAAUAGGCUACUUUCUCUACCGCUACCCUCCUCACAGCUGGGCCGAACCUCGUUCUUCAUCCCCUCCGGAACCCAACCCCGGCGCGCCGGUUGCCGCUGCCACCGCAAAUGAGCCUGUUCAGCAGAAGCAUGGCUCACGGACCUCGACGCCAUCAAUAGAGACAGAGGAGGAGGAUUCCCAGAACACACCCAAGGCUUCGGCUUCGGCCAUACCAACCCCCGUUCUUCCCGUCCCCACAUUCAGCCUAGACAGCGGCGAGAGCGACACAUUGCAACCCGCUACAAUGGCGUCCAUCUCACAAACCAUGAAUGGGACAGCAAAGCAACUACAUGAGGAACCAAAGUUCAUGCCGCCACUGCAGCCACCCCUCGCACCCCCUCCAAAACCACAACCAUCAUCUAUACCCCCGAAGGCAACAAGCGGCGCCUCUUCCCUAAUGCCCCCUCCCCCAGUGCCACGGCCCCGACCAGCAAACCAAGCAAACCAAGCAAACCGCCUCACCCCAACAAGCACGCUCCAACCCCCACGGCUCAGCGGCAACUCCCUCGGCCCGCCACCAUCAGCAGCCGCCUCUCAGCGCGGCCUAGGCCCACCGAGCAGCGGCAGCCGUCUUAGCAACAGCACCCUCGCCCCGACACAAGUAUCCUUGAAGAAGUCAUCAUCACGCAAAGUGAUUCUCGAGCCGGGAUUCUCGCCUCUUGACUGGGCAGCGCUAGCAGCGAACCCGAAGAACAACCUCCGCGGCGAAGGCCUUCCCCCAGGCCUGUUGCGAGUCACACCGUCAAUGCUGAAGGAGCAGCAUGGACGUAAGGGUCGGGAUGCCUGGACUUCGUACUAUGGAAAGGUAUAUAACAUUUCGCCCUACGCCCCUUACCAUCCGGGCGGGAAGGGUGAGCUCCUCCGUGGCGCGGGGAAGGACUCUGGACAGCUGUUUCAGGAAAUCCACCCGUGGGUCAACUGGGAGGGGAUUCUUGGCGAAUGUCUGGUCGGAAUUCUGGUUUCGGAGCAUGACAUCCAGACCGAGAAUGCUCUAGAUGCGAUGGACUGA